UUUGGCCAAAUCGACCACUGCGACCUUCUGACAAUAUAUCAGUCCUGACAUGAUAUCAGUCCUGACAUGAAUGAGCAAUGAACAUGCAGAAUAAUUUUUUACUCAGGCUUGGCCCAGUUGUUCAAAGGGCAUCUAGUGUUAUCCCAGGCCUGGCGCUAUCCAACGUAUAAAUUCCUAUCCAGCGGAUAAGUGUUUUCAAAACGUAGUGCGGCGCUACUUAGUAUUCACCAAAUAAAGAUUUAUCCGGUGGACAGCGUAAUACCACGUGGCAUAUUUUGCGCAUUUCAGUGCCCUUAUACGGUGAAUGACGUAAAUGUGGAGUAUUCUCCCACAACCGCAUGGAAAUAGCGUUCACGAUCUCUUCGGUAUCUUCCGCUUUUCAUUUGCCUUCUAGAGAACACCCUGUGAAGUUAAACAUAUCCUCAGGUCUAUCAAAAUGAAGUUUGGCGUUCGUCUGGACAAAUUCAACUUUUACAGUUUUGAUAUGGAAAGAGAGUCACAUGGGAAGCUUCUUCCUCCUCAGGUUGAAGCUCUUCAAAGUCUCGAAAAUUUUUUCCACCGCAACCCUCUGGGGCAUACUGCUAUAAUUUCCAUGCCGACAGGAUCUGGCAAAAGCGGUGUGAUAAGUUGUCUACCAUACUUUUUAGGGAAAACUGGGUUAACUCGGCCCACCAAGAUUGGUGUUUCUCCGGAGGGGAGUCCACUUCAUCCAUUUGAUAAGCCCGUGCUGGUUAUUGCGCCAGAUCUGGCGAUUGCAAAGCAACUGGAGGGAUCUUUGUUGCGGGUGCAGGAAGGAGAACAGGAGGAUAAUUUUCUGCUGCGGAGAGGGAUAGUGCCCGAAGAGAAUGCCCGAGAUGUUCUUCCAGUAGGAAAGAAGAUCGAGGAAACAUUGGAGGUCAAGCAACCCAACAUAUUAAAAGGAAACGAAAUUCUGAUCGCUAACGCACAGAAGUUUCUAGGGAUAGAUUGGGAACGUACUUUACCUAAAGACCUAUUCCGACUUGUCAUCGUCGAUGAAGCGCAUCAUCACCCAGCUACAACAUGGCGUCGAAUCGUGAACCACUUUCAGUACCAUGCAAUGGUGGUCUUUUUUACUGCUACACCUUUCAGAGGUGACCGUGUGCGUGUUAUAGAAGAGGGAGAAGGGAGCAUCAUAUAUCACCUGCCACUUAACGAAGCACGCCGAAAGAGAAUAAUACGUGUUACUAACUUCGUUGAGAUUGAAGACGACAAUAGGGAUGCUAACAUCUACAGAGAAGUCCUUCGGAGAGUACAAGCAGAGCAAGAAAGAAAAGACGCCGAACAACCUUUGCCUGACGGUAUACCCCACAUGGCCAUCGCCAUAGCGAAGAAUAUUGACGAAGCAAAGCUCGUGGUACAGAUAGCCCUUGAUAUUUGGAACUGUCCCGCUGAACUAAUAACUACGUACCAUUCAGAUAAUCCAAAUCACAUAAGACGGGCGACGAUGACAGCAAUUCGAGAAAACAAAAUAAGGCUUGUAGUUGUGGUGUCUAUGCUUCUUGAGGGUUUUGAUCACCCACCAAUAAGCAUAGCCGCCAUAAUGACGAAAAUUUCCUCCCCUGUGAAGUUCGUGCAGUUUAUUGGAAGGGCACAAAGAAUUGUUCGUGGUAAAGAUGGUCAGCCGGAAUCUGAAGGUAUAGAAGCACACAUUUUUACUCACAGAGAAUAUGAACAAGCGAAAAAUUACGAAGCCUUUCAACUAGAGGAACUCAUACCACAUCAUGACUGAACAAGGUUCUGUAGACGUACUUACAUCCUAGAAACAGAGGAAACAUUGUUUCUACUUUACAAAUGAAUUUUAUUCUAACUUAUAACCGUUGCUGUAGAAUUUAGUAUAUCGAAAGACUAUUUUUCAGUUCCUGUUUGAGUCGUCAGAGAUUCAAAUUGGAAGUCAAACUUAUAACUUGACAGUUAGCUGUAACAAUUCGUUUUUUUUUUUACUAUGGAAGGUAGAUGACUGUGUAACCUUUUAAAGUAGAACUUACAUAUAGUUGACUACUGAUUAACCUUUCAAUUAUGGUUCUAGAAAGGGAAACCAACCAGAUUGUGAGUUUUUUUUUUCAACAUAGUGAAAUAAACUACAUUUCUAAACUUU